AGUGGCUAAAAAACCGAGUAAAAGAUAUAGUUUAGUUGAGGAGAGUAGACGAAGAAGACAUCGUGUUUUAAUUUAUGUCAAAAUACGCCCGAGUACAGAGAUGACCGAGCGACAGAGGAAGAAAAAGGUGUGCGUGAUAGGAGCCGGUGCAGCGGGUUUGUGCUCUGCCAGACACUUUGGGGGACACUUAAAGUUCGAGGUGGACGUUUACGAGCAAACAGACAAUGUCGGUGGCACGUGGGUUUACGUCGAGGAGACUGGACUGGACAAGCACGGUUUGCCUAUUCACUCGAGCAUGUACCAGGAUCUCAGAACGAAUUUACCCGCGAAAAUCAUGAACUUCCCCGAUUAUCCGGCAAUGAACGCCGAAGAGCCUUGCUGCGUCCUGCGCCAGGAGGUUUUGAACUAUCUGAAAUGCUACGCGGAGCAUUUCGACGUGCUCAAACAUAUACAGUUCAACACGAUAGUGACGUCCGUUCGAGUGGACGAAUCGGCCGGUGGCGAGGACAAGUGGGUCGUUCGAAUAAAAAGGUUGAAAACUGGCGAAGAGGAAGAGCUUGUUUACGAUGUCAUGAUGAUUUGCAACGGACAUUACUUCGAGCCGUACGUGCCGAACAUACCUGGGAUUGAGACAUUUCCAGGGACAAUAAUACACAGUCAUUCGUAUCGUAAACCAAACGUGUUCGCCGGAAAGACUGUUUUGGUUUUAGGAGCAUCCGCUUCCGGAAUCGAUAUUGGGAUCGAUUUGACUCAUCACGCGUCACGGGUAUAUUUAAGCCACAACACCGAAAGGUGGACGGUUACAUUGCCGACGAACAUGGUUCAGGUGACGGGCGUGGACAGAAUAGAGGGUGAACGAUUCAUUUUAAUGGACCAAACCACCGUCACUGCUGACGUUUUCAUGUUUUGUACCGGGUACAAACAGAGCUUUCCAUUUCUGCACGAGAACUGUGGAAUACGCGUGGAUGAUAAUUACGUAACUCCCCUGUACAAACAUCUCGUGAACAUCGAUCAUCCGACGAUGUGUUUCGUUGGACUCCUUUCUCUCGUCCUACCGUUUCCCUUGUUUCACAUACAAGUACAAUACUUUCUCGCGGUGUUGGAGAACCGAACGAGUCUACCACCGAGAUCGUUUAUGUUGGAGGAUUCGAGCCUGAAAACGGCGAAGAAACGGCACGCGCAUAAGUUAAUGGAGAAACAAUGGGAUUACAACGAUUCGCUGGCGGACGCUGGUGGUUACGAUCGUUUGCCACGAUUUUAUCGGCUGGUGUUCGAGAAACUGAUGGCCCUGAGGAAAAUGAAUAUCUUGAACUUCAAGCUGGGCAAACUUGUGAUUUCCACGGACGGGGAAACCAUCGACUGGACCGUA